AUGGACCACACAGAAGAAAUGGACGUCGAAAAUGCAACAGAAAAGAAUGAGAGAAAACUUCCCUUCUCAAUAGAAAAUCUCCUUUCAGACACAUUUAAAACUAAAGAUGUUGAUACAAAUAAUGAACCUGGUGCAAGUGGUGAUAAUGAUAAAGCUGUGUUUGAUUAUCCGAAAUAUAAUAAUGAUAUUGAUGAUAAUGAUAAUGAGUCAGAUGAUGAUAAAAGUGACGUUGAUGUGGAGAGCUCGACAGAUGCGCAGGAGUUGGAUAAAGUUGCUGAUUAUCAACAAUCAAGCUCCUCCAGAGGCAAGCGCGCGCGCACCGCGUUCAGCGCGCAGCAGAUCAAGAGUCUAGAAGCAGAGUUCGAGAAAAACCGGUACCUGUCCGUCGCGGCCCGCGGACGUCUGGCGCGGCAGUUACGGCUGACAGAGACCCAGAUCAAAAUCUGGUUCCAAAACCGACGCACGAAAUGGAAACGCAAGUACACCAACGACGUAGAACUAUUGGCGCAGCAAUAUUACAGCAGCCUCGGCAUCGUAGCCCCCCGGCCGAUGUUCGUAGGCGACCGAUUAUGGAUCUUUAACUACCCUAACAGAAUCCCACCAACACAACAACAACAGUGGAUGAAAUCUAUUAACAACAUCACGCAACCACAGAUACAAAGAAGCUUACCUUUUAAACCGGAAGUGCCUUUUUUGCCACAAUAUCCGAACGAACGCUUCUUUCCUGAACGCAGCCUUUUGACAGCACCUGUCAAAAUUCCCGCGCAACCUCGCCUUUUGCCGCGCGAAGUUUAUAGCAACAUGGCGACUGCCCAAAGAAGUAUGGACGUUUAUAAGAAUAAUAUUUUAAGUCAUAGUCCUACUCAGGAGAAUGUUGAUCAUUUGAGGAGGUUAGAGGAGAAUUUUAGCAUCUAAAUAUAGAA